UCGUACGGGUGUACGACUUACUACGCCGCCGUUCUUAUCAAGUAAUCCCGAUUCCGAUACAAUAUUCGCAACUGCUGCAGUGAGCAUUGCUGCUGCGUCGUUUCCACCGUACGUAUUGUAGUUACAUCACAUAAUAAUAUCACGAUAUAUAACGUCGGGAAUCAAAAUAACAAAAAAUAUCAGCCGACCGAGGCGUGUGAUAGCGUAGCCGCAUACGGGAAAUAGAAGUGCGUGGCCGAGAAUUCGACGACGACGACAACAACAACAACAACAACAACAAUCGACAUAUAAUAAUAAUAUAAUAAAUAUAUCAUAAAAGUACGGAUACCGUAGAACUCGAAAAGCGUUGUCGCGUCCAAGAUGUCUUCUUCACAGUAUUCAUAUAUAUUCAAGUAUAUCAUAGUCGGAGACAUGGGUGUCGGUAAAUCGUGUUUACUGCACCAGUUCACCGAACAAAAGUUCACUGCCGAUUGCCCGCACACAAUUGGUGUAGAAUUCGGAACAAGAAUCAUUGAAGUGUCUGGAAAAAAAAUUAAGCUUCAAAUCUGGGACACGGCUGGACAAGAACGUUUCCGAGCAGUGACGAGAUCGUACUAUCGUGGAGCAGCUGGCGCAUUGAUGGUAUACGACAUAACCAGACGUUCUUCUUAUAACCAUUUGAGUAGUUGGUUAUCUGAUACUCGCAAUCUUACAAAUCCAGGAACUGUGAUUUAUUUGAUUGGGAACAAGUUGGAUAUGGAAAGUAAUCGAGAUGUGUCCUAUGAAGAAGCUAAGCAAUUUGCUGAUGAAAAUGGAUUAAUGUUUUUAGAAGCAAGUGCCAAAACUGGAGAGUAUGUUGAAGAUGCUUUCCUUAAAACUGCUCAGAUAAUUUAUGAAUGCAUUCAAGAUGGAAGACUUGAUUUAAAUGCUGCUGAUUCUGGAGUGCAGCAGAAAAUCCUUCAGUGUGAAACCAAUACAAACGUGGAAAAAGAUAAAUCUUGUAUGCAAUGUUAAG